AUGACUUCGUCUACAUCUGUGACUCUGUCUCAAGCCCUUUUGGCUCGCGCCAUUUCUCACCAUGGCUCGAGCUCAACCUCAGACCGGGUCUCUCUUUCUGCAGCCCUCACUCUACCAACUUUCUCCGGUCUCAAAUCCACUUCAUCGUCGCCAUCAUCGUCGUCUUCGACAUCAUCCAAGCUCUCUCGGUUCCAGCGCCGCCGUCUAGGCGCGAACAGGCCGGUCAGGGCCGCCGCCGUCGAGACUCUGGACACCACCACAGAGACCUCUUUGGUCGAGAAGUCGGUCAACACGAUCCGAUUCUUGGCCAUUGAUGCUGUAGAGAAGGCCAAUUCUGGUCACCCCGGUUUGCCCAUGGGCUGUGCUCCAAUGGGUCAUAUUUUGUACGAUGAGAUCAUGAGGUACAACCCCAAGAACCCGUACUGGUUCAACCGUGACCGGUUCGUGUUGUCUGCUGGACACGGGUGUAUGUUGCAGUACGCUUUGCUUCACCUUGCUGGAUAUGACAGUGUCAAGGAAGAAGACUUGAAAGGCUUCCGUCAAUGGGGAAGCAAGACCCCUGGACAUCCUGAGAACUUUGAGACACCUGGUGUUGAAGUCACAACUGGUCCUUUGGGGCAAGGCAUUGCAAAUGCUGUUGGUUUGGCCCUUGCUGAGAAGCACUUGGCUGCACGUUACAACAAGCCAGACAGUGAGAUCGUUGACCACUACACAUAUGUUAUAUUGGGUGAUGGUUGUCAAAUGGAGGGUAUUUCAAACGAAGUUGCUUCUCUUGCGGGGCAUUGGGGACUUGGGAAGCUGAUAGCCUUCUAUGAUGAUAACCACAUUUCCAUUGAUGGAGACACUGAGAUUGCAUUCACUGAGAGUGUUGAUACCCGUUUUGAGGGUCUUGGGUGGCACGUUAUCUGGGUGAAGAAUGGAAACACCGGGUAUGAUGAGAUUCGAGCUGCCAUCAAGGAAGCAAAGGCUGUCACAGAUAGACCCACUUUGAUAAAGGUGACAACAACCAUUGGUUUUGGAUCUCCAAACAAAGCAAACUCAUACAGUGUUCAUGGUGCUGCAUUGGGUGCCAAGGAAGUGGAUGCUACCCGGAAGAACCUUGGAUGGCCAUAUGAGCCUUUCCAUGUGCCAGAGGAUGUUAAAAGUCAUUGGAGUCGCCAUGCCGCUGAGGGUUCUGCUCUUGAAGCUGAAUGGAAUGCCAAGUUUGCUGAAUAUGAGAAGAAGUACAAGGAGGAAGCUGCAGAGCUGAAGUCCAUCAUUACGGGUGAGCUACCAGCUGGUUGGGAAAAAGCACUUCCGACUUACACUCCAGAGAGCCCAGCUGAUGCUACCCGAAAUUUAUCUCAAGCAAACCUAAAUGCCCUUGCGAAGGUUCUCCCUGGUCUUAUUGGUGGAAGUGCAGACCUUGCUUCUUCGAACAUGACUUUGCUAAAAAGUUUUGGAGACUUCCAGAAGAAUACCCCGGAAGAACGCAAUGUUAGGUUCGGUGUUAGGGAGCAUGGGAUGGGAGCCAUCUGCAAUGGGAUUGCCCUUCAUUGCCCUGGCCUCAUUCC